GGGUGGCAAAAGUGUGGGGCACGACUUAGCGACUAAACAACGACAACAGCAAGGGUGGUCGAGGAGAAGGUAAUGUUUGAAUAAAGAGUUUUAAAUGGUGAGGGAGGGAGCCAUGGGGACGCCUAGGGAAACAGCAUCUCAGGCAGAGGGCACAGCAGGUGCAAAGGUCCCCGGGCAGCAUCAUGCCUGGUGUGUUGGAGGAACAGCGAGGAGGCCUAUUUGCAGCAGAGUGAGCAAGUAGGAGAGAGGGAGAAGGGGAGGGUUGGGAGGGGAUGGGGCAAGUAGAGCAGGACUUUGUGGGCUGCGAGGAGGACUUGGGCGGAUAGGUGGAAGCCCUGGAGGGCUGUGCGCAGAGGAGGGGUGGGCCCUGACUCAGGUACUCAUGCGCGCCCUCUGGUGGCUGCUGCAGGGAAGACAGACUAAACCGUUAAGUCUGGAGCUGGGGGAACAGGGGUGCAGGCCACUGCGCUGGUCCAGGUAAGUGACAAGGGGCUGGACCAAGGUGGUAGCCAUGUACAUGAUAAGAAGCAGUCAGAUUCUCGAUAUACUUUGAAGAUUAAGCCCACGGGAUGUAGUGACAGACUGCGCAAGAGAGAAAAGGAGGAAUCAAGGAUGACAUCGUGGGUUUUGAUCAGACAAUUUGGACAAUGGAGAUGCUCCCAACGAAGACCCUCACUGGACCCUAUUGACAACGCUGUGUGGUAGAGUCAGUCAUGACUUCCGAUCUCCAGAUGGGGAAACUGCCGCUCCGAGAAGUAAAGCAGGUACCCCAAGGGCACACAGCAAGAAGAGUCUGAGAUGGAAUCCAAACUCAGGGCCAUCUGACUCCAAACCUAUGCCCGUGUCACUUCAGGGACUGACGGUGUGUCUCUCUCUCAGAACUCUAAAGGCUUCCCCUUCUCCCCCACUUCCAUCUCCUGUUGACGUGACAAUGAAAGGCAGUGUGUCAGUUUCCUGUGGCUGCUGUAGCAAAAGACCACGAACUCAGUGGCUUAAAACAACACAUUGUUUUGGAGGUCAGAAGCCUGACAUGGAGCUCACUGGGCUAAAAUUAAGCUGUCAGCAAGACUGGCCCCUUCUGGAAGCUCCAGGGGAGAAUCAGCUGACCGGCCUUUUCCAGCUUCUAAAAAGACCACCUGCAUUCCAUGGCUCGUGGCCUUCUUCCUCGCAUCCUCAAAGUCAGCAACAGCCUGUGGAGUCUUUCUCACCUCCAAUCCCUCUAACGGUCCCUUUUCCCUGUUGAAGAACUUGCAAGAUUACAUUGAGCCCCUAUGGUGAAUCCAGAGUCAUCUUUCCAUCUCCUCAUCAGCUGAUUAAUAAUCUGAAUUCUACCUGCAAAUCUAACCCACUCUCUCUCCCUUAUAUUGCCAUGUAACAUAACACAUUCAUGGGUUUAGAGCGAUUGGGAUCUGGACCUCUGGUGGGGUAGGGAGACACUCUGUCUGCCAUAUGCAGUGAGGUCACAAGGACCACUGUGACCUCAUCAUCCCCUGGGACCCAAAUUUACAAAGCACCCCUCCCACACAGUUGCUGGAUGGGCCAACCUCUGGCCAGAGAUUUGAACCUGAGUGUUCUGACCCUCCAGCUAUGAUGGGAGCCCAACCAGAGCAAGCUCAGAAGCCCAGCUCACGGGUCCAGACCCUGUUUAAGAGGGUCAAGGCCUUCUUCACCAAAACCGGUCCCCCACCCCCACCCCCAGCCCCCUCCCGGAACCUGGGCUGUACCCACGUGUACGGGUACGUGUUUGGGCACCUGGGGGAGAGAGAACCAGAGCAUCCCCCAUCGCAGCAGGUGCUGGACACAGGGGAGCAGCUCAUGGUCCCCGUGGAUGUCCUGGAAGUGGAUAACGAGGGAGCCUUGUGGAAGUUCCUCCUCUCGGGAGCCAUGGCUGGGGCAGUGUCUCGCACGGGCACGGCCCCUCUGGACCGUGCCAAGGUGUACAUGCAGGUCUACUCCUCCAAGAAGAAUUUCAUGAAUCUGCUGGGAGGUCUCCGGAGCCUGAUCCAGGAAGGGGGCAUCCGUUCACUCUGGAGGGGCAACGGUAUCAACGUGCUCAAGAUUGCCCCGGAGUACGCCAUCAAGUUCUCUGUCUUCGAACAGUGUAAAAACUACUUCUGUGGAGUGCACGAGUCCCCACCCUUUCAGGAACGUCUCCUCGCUGGCUCUCUGGCUGUGGCCACUUCCCAGACGCUCAUCAACCCCAUGGAGGUGCUGAAGACGCGGCUGACCCUGCGCCGGACUGGCCAGUACAAGGGGCUGCUGGACUGCGCCAGGCAGAUCCUGGAACAGGAGGGCACCCGUGCCCUUUACCGUGGGUACCUCCCCAACAUGCUUGGCAUCAUCCCGUAUGCCUGCACCGACCUGGCCGUCUACGAGAUGCUCAAGUGUCUCUGGCUGAAAUCAGGCAGGGACAUGAAGGACCCUAGUGGCUUGGUCAGUCUGUCGUCUGUGACACUGUCCACCACCUGUGGACAGAUGGCGAGUUACCCGCUGACUUUGGUGCGCACCAGGAUGCAAGCCCAAGACACUGUGGAGGGUUCAAACCCCACCAUGUGUGGAGUCUUCCGGAGGAUCCUGGCCCAGCAGGGCUGGCCAGGGCUGUACCGAGGCAUGACCCCCACAUUACUGAAGGUGUUGCCUGCAGGCGGCAUCAGCUACGUGGUGUAUGAAGCCAUGAAGAAGACCCUGGGAGUAUAAGCAGUGAACUAGGUGACAUACCCUGGGCAGAAAUGG